GCGUGGUGGAGAGCUGAUGUGGAUGGAUCUGCUCAUGGUAGAUUUCAACUCGACCAUGAUGCAAGUCACGAUCAGUGCCGGCCGUCUUCCACAGUUCCGGGACAGGCUCCAUGCCGGAACAAUGUUUUCUGUGUCCGGUUUUGAUGUCUCUAGGUGCUUCAAACUCAUUACUCCUUCCAUCCUCUCCAAUCAUCUUCGGAUCAAUGGUUCACUUGCUAGGAAGGCCAUUAGAGAUUUGAUGGCUAAAGGAACCAUCAGGAUGGUCUCAAUGCACUCAAGCCAGCAGAUUUACACUAGGGCUACCCACAACUAAGUUUAUUUUCACUGUGUUUCCUCUCUCUCUCUUUUUUGCCACAUGUACUUUUCUCAAGUCUUUGACUCGAUGUUUAGACGUUGUUGAUCUU